CAACAGUCUGGUGGGGAUCCUCCUGGACAUGCAGUACUAUGUCUGUUUCAUGGCGUCUGAUUCAUGGUCCGACCCUCCCAAUAAGGCCAUCUGCACGACCAGUUCAAACGGCAUCCGUCCCAUUGUGUCGUCACUCCCUGCACUCUGGCGAUUCAUGCAGUGUCUGCGUAGUUUCUAUGACGAGCGGAAAUUCAGAUACUUGGUGAAUGCUGUCAAGUACUUCACGACGUUCCCCGUCAUUGUAUUUGCAACUCUGUUCUCUGCACGGGUGUCGACAGCAUUCAGCCUCGAAGCACUCGACGUGGAAAAUGUGGACUGGAUCAUCAUUCUAUGGGGUAUUUCUGCCUUUGUCCAUGCUCUUUACACAUUUUUCUGGGACGUAUACUGUGACUGGGGACUGUUCCAGCUACAACACUGCACCCUCCUUCGACCUAAACGUCUCUAUAGCUGGAAGAGUUUCUACUAUGUUGCUAUUGUGGUAGACUUGAUCCUGAGGUUCUCCUGGACACUCAAACUGACGCUGGCCCUAGCGUGGCACGUCGACUCUGAUGUCAUCUACACUGCCUUGGUGGCUGGGGAAAUGUUCCGCCGUUUCAUGUGGAACUUCUUUAGAGUGGAAUACCAGCAAACGUUAACUCCAUAGGAGUUUUUUUUGUCAGUUUUGUGCAGUUACAGGACCUGUUCAUGUGUGUGCGUUGCAACUGUGUAUGCACCUACCUAAAUACCUAGCUAGCUAGCUAGCUAGCUGUGUACAAAGUGUGCGAUCGACCCAUGACUGCGCAUGCGUGUAAUCGCCCUUGAAAAGGGCGGAGCUGGCUCCGUAGAUCGACGUUUACCGCUCGUCGCGAUGCCAGUGAUCAAGCCACAGAAUAUCUCGACAUUCAGCAGCGAGGAUUCCAACCAUCCUGCACGCAAUCUACUAAGCUCUGACACGUACCGCAAAUGGAAAUGUGCGACUGGCGGAGAGAAACAAGCCGUUGUCGUAUUUGAGUUGCGGACACCAGUGCAAAUUCGUAGUGUGGAUAUUGGCAAUGAAGGAAGUGCAUUCGUGGAGGUGUUGGUAGCACGCUCCUCAGCUGCUGAUGACUACAAGGUGUUGCUGAUGGCCUCUUCUUUCAUGACCCCUUCUGAUAGCAAGACCUGGAGGAACACGAACAGAGUUCGCAUGUUUGGGCCAGACAAACUGUCAAAGGGAGUGGUGGAGCAGAAGUGGGACAGGGUUAAGAUUGUCUGCACCCAACCUUACAACAAGAAGGAGCAGUAUGGUCUGUCUUUCCUGACCCUCCACUCUCCUCCUGAUGACUCUUCAGGCACGGGAGACGAGGAGAAGACCACACCCAAAACCACACCCACCAAACCCAAAUUGGGAGCCUUCUCGUUGAAAGAGGAGCCAAAAGCGUUACCAACUGGCUCCCUGUUCUACAAGAAGGAGGGCAGCAGUUCGCAGGGGUCAGGAGUGAGUGCCGCAGCCCAGGCUCGUAGCGCCACUGCUGCUGCCCUCCAGAAUAGCCCCUCCCCUAGCCCCGCCCCUAUCAGGGAGAAGAGGAGGAGGGAGGGUCAUGGGAGGAGGGAAGAGGAGGGAGAAAAAGACGGGAAGAAAAAGCCUGCCGGAGAACAAAACAAAACCAAAGCAUUGUCAGCCAGAGACAGCAGAGGACCAAUGAGUGGUGUGGUGUUCUCUCUGAGUGGGUUUAAGAAUCCCUUCAGGACAGAGCUAAGAGAGAAGAUGGUGGAGAUGGGUGCUUCCUUCACACCCGACUGGAACUCUUCCUGCACACAUCUCAUCUGUGCCUUCCCAAACACACCAAAGUUCAACCAGGUUAAAGAGGGUCGCGGUCUGAUUGUCACAAAGCAGUGGGUAAUGGACAGCUACGUCAAGAAAAAGAGGCUGCCAGCCAGCAAGUACCGUCUGUCAGGAGGAGGGGACAGUAGUUCAGAGGAAGAACAGGUCUAUGACAAGAGGGAGAGAGAUCUCUUUGGAGCCAAGGCCUCUGAUGCCAGUGGAGGAAGGGUGUCAGAGGAGGGGGUGGGAGUGGCAGGAGGGGACAGGAAGGCAAAGGCAGUGGUGGGAGAGAAGAGAAGUCGAGAUCAGCUGGCUAACGAGGAGCAGGAGGACCCUUAUGGGCGCUCCACUGACGAAGAGAUGGAGAGUGAUGUGGCAGUGAAGAGUAAGCCAGCGGCUCCAGGCUCCCAGCAAUCAUCAGAGUGUGACACAGAGGAUGAGAUACAAAGGAUCAAAGCGGAGCAGGAAGAGUACGCUGGCACCACCGAGACGGACACUGACACCACUGGUGAGGGUGGGACCCUGCAAUCUCUGGCCAAUCUCCCGGACCUCUUCUCCCAGAGCCACUUCAUGCUCCAUGGAUUCACAGGGGGAGACCUGAGACUAGUGUACCGCUAUGUCACUGCCUAUAAUGGGAUCACAGUCUUGCCUGCAAUGAGCAGUAUGAGAGGGGGUUUCGAAUUACUGUACCUGAUGUUACAGCAGAAAUGGAUUGUGGAGAACUACAUGAGUGACAAGGUGUCUUAUGUGGUCACAUCUCAGGGAUGGGACUCCCAGUUUGAUCAGGCUCUGGAAGACAACAGCAGUCUGAUAUUUGUGAGGCCCCAGUGGAUCUUCAAGUGCCACGAAAAACAGUCUCUAGUGCCCUACCAGCCGUUUGUGGUGGCCCCCUCCUGACUCCUGUAGAUCUACACAAACUGUUGUACAUGUAUAGACCUCCGUCACCACUGGACCGUAGUAGCGUACCAAACACGAACGCACACAGAGAGAGCUUGUUUUGGAAUAAUUACAGCGAUUAUUUUUGUUGGCGCCACCCGUUUUGACACAGCUGCUGAUGGUA